AUGUCGAUUGUAGAAAAGGUUAAUUUAACCACUGGAACAGGCUGGGGAUCGGGCUCCUGUGUGGGAAAUACUGGGUCCGUGCCACGGUUGGGCAUUCCAGAAUUGUGUUUACAAGAUGGGCCCAAUGGAGUUAGAUAUACCGACUUUGUGACAAACUUUCCCAGUGGUAUUGCAGCUGCAUCCACUUUCAACAAGGGGUUGGUUUAUCUUAGAGGAAAGGCGAUUGGAAAAGAGCACAAACAGAAAGGUGUACAUAUGGCUUUGGCUCCUGUUCUUGGUCCUAUUGGGUUAAAAGCUGCUGGUGGUAGAAACUGGGAGAGUUUCGGGGCGGAUCCAUACUUACAGGGGAUUUUGGGUGCUGCUACCAUUGAAGGAAUUCAAGAUGAAGGAGUACUUGCCAUUGCCAGAAGUUUCGUGGGAAAUGAGCAAGAGCACUUUCGGCAAGUUGGAGAAUGGGAAGAUAAUGGAUGGGAUCGCUUGGAAAAGUCUAUCAGCUCUAACAUCGGAGACCGGGCCAUGCACGAGAUCUAUAUGUGGCCAUUUGCCGAUGCUAUACGUGCGGGUGUGGGUGGUAUUAUGUGUUCCUUGAACCAGGUUAACAAUACCUAUGCAUGUGAAAACUCAUACCUUUUGAACUAUUUAUUGAAAGAAGAAUUGGGGUUCCAAGGGUUCGUGGUGUCAGACUGGGGUGCUCAACACUCUGGUGUUUAUUCAGCUUUAGCUGGUUUGGAUAUGACUGUGCCUGGUGAAAUUUUUGAUGACUGGUUGUCUGGUAAGUCGUUUUGGGGUCCUCUCUUGACAAGAUCGGUCUAUAACAAUACCUUACCACAACAGAGACUAGAUGAUAUGGUAACCAGAAUUUUGGCACCUUUCUUUGCAAUUGAUACAUUGAAGUUACCAAGUGAUGAAGAUACUCCAAAUUUUAGUUCUUGGACUUACCACACCUACGGUCAACAAUAUCCUUAUCAACACUAUGGCCCAAUUAUCCAACAGAACUAUCACCAAAAUGCCCGCACAAAGUUUAGUGAUGAUAUUGCAUUAAAUGUUGCAAGAGAAGCCAUAGUAUUGUUGAAGAAUGAUGGCCACAACUUGCCCAUUGAUAAAGAUGAUGGGAUUAGAAAGAUAUUGAUUGCUGGACUGGGAGCCGGCCUUGAUGCAAGAGGCUACAACUGUAAAGACCAAAGAUGUUACGAAGGUCCACUCACUUCAGGUUGGGGGUCAGCUGCAGUGAACAACCCAUUUGUCAUAUCUCCAUAUGAAGCAAUUGCAAAGAGGGCCCGGGAACGUGAAAUGUUAGUUGAAUACUCCAACGAUAACUGGGAUUUCGACAGCUUGGAUGAAUUGAGCGACUUAGUUGAUUUGGCAAUUGUUAUAGUGACUGCCGAUAGUGGUGAAGGAUUCAUUGAGGUAGAUGACAACUAUGGUGAUAGACAAAAUUUUUCCUUAUGGAACAAUGGCGACGAAAUCAUUAAUCAUGUUGCUUCCAGAUGUUCUAAAACUAUAGUGGUGGUGAAUUCUGUUGGACCUGUUAACAUGGAAAAAUUCAUUGAACUUGAAAAUGUUGUGGGAGUUGUGUAUGCGGGCCCUUUGGGUCAAUAUGUUGGGCAGGCUAUUGCAGAAGUAUUAUUUGGAGAGGUAAAUCCUUCGGGGAAGUUGCCAUUUACAAUUGCAAGAAAAAAACUGCACUAUGUUCCAAUAGUUGAUAGUCUCAAGGAUAGUAAUGAUCCUCAAGACAAUUUUGAUAGAGAUAUCUAUCUCGAUUACAGGUUCUUUGACAAACACAAUAUAAAGCCAAGAUUUGAGUUUGGAUAUGGGUUAUCAUACACAAAAUUUCAGUUAAGUGAUCUUAAAAUUGUGGAAAUUAACUCACCCACAGAAUAUUUACCUUAUCCUGAAGAAUAUUUACCCAUCUACAGAACUAUUGAGGAUGAUAUUUGUGAUCCAGAAGAUGCAUUGUUCCCUCAUGAUGAGUUUGACCCAGUGCCAGGGUUCAUUUACCCAUACUUAUACAACGAAAAUGUCCAAACUUUGCCCGACGAUGACAGAUUUGAUUACCCAUUAGGAUACAGUGAAACAAAUACAAAUAGUCCUCCACUAAGUGGGGGAUUUGGCGGGAAUCAAGCUUUAUGGGAGGUUUUAUUCUCUGUUAAAGCUAAGGUUAAAAAUAUUGGCAAAUACAAAGGAGGUUUUGCCAGUCAAUUGUACAUUGAGUUUCCAAGUACAUUUGUCAGCUCACCACCAAAGGUAUUGCGUGGUAUUGACAAAGUCUUCAUCAAAAAGGGCGACACAGCCACCAUUGAAUUCAAUAUCCUCCAUCGGGAUUUGACCAUUUGGGAUACUAGAUCACAACAGUGGAUUAUUCAAACCGGGACCUAUAAAAUCUUUGUUGGAUCAUCCAGUCGUAGAGUGGAAUUGUGUGGUGAAAUCGAUAUCGGAGCCUAAUCGAUAGCAACUACCAAGAGCGUUUUUUGAUAUAACCGAGCAUGUAUAAAAUGUAUCAGGCAGUGAUUCUGAAUGUAGAAGUGAUAUGAUAAGCUGAGCCAUGGCUAUUUGGAUUAAGGUUUGGCUGGAUAUAUGCUCACUGGAUUUAAUUAGAGUCCGUAUGCCUAACAAUUGUAUGGCUCUGUGUUUCAGCAGCAAUGCCUAGGAAAAACAGCUUGGUUUGCGCUC